GCAAAGUCAUUCAGUGUGUCUCGAAAGGUGACGGCGUGUGUAGGGGCGUCUCUCUCUUGUCCGGAUGCGAUCUGGCCGCCGCCGCGACACUCGAAACUUUUUUUUUACAUUUCCGGAUAAGGAAAAGGUGAUUUUUUAUCUUGAAAGUUUAACCUGGCAGUGAUUAUUUACACAACAAGGAUGCUGUGAAAUAUGAUCCGUAGAGGAGAAACUCGCUUUUGAUUCCCUUUUUUUAAAAAUUUUAAAUUUUUUUUCGAUCCCAAAGAGGAAUGACAUAAAGUUUUGUGGUUUUUGAAAAUAGUAGGCCUAGAGUAUAUCUAUAGUUUGCAGCUAACGAAGAAAGUUGGAUUAAAAGCUUUUCAACAGUUUAUUGACAUCGGGAAAGCAAUUUUAAAGAUCACCCUUCAAGAUGCUGCCGGAGAAGCUCCUCUUCCACCUGAAGGUGCUGUUCUGCAUGGUGGUGGUGGCCACGGAGGGCAAGAAGAAGAAGGCGAAGAAGGAGGGCGCCAGCACGGAGGCCCCCUUGCACGACCAGUCGGCCGUGGAUCUCAAUUUCAACAUGUGCGACAUCCAGACGCCGGAGGUCAUCUACUGCUACUGUGACGUCCUCGAUAUGGAUUCCGCGGAGGAAGGCAACUGCUGGAUCUUCAACGACACCACCGAGAACGACCACGUGUGGGAGGGCUUCGUGUCGCAGACGAAGAUCAAGAGGCUCACCCUCCACCUCCGACCCGACGGCACGCUCAAGAAGAUACCCACGGUGGCCAUCCAACACCUGCCCGGCAUAGAGAUGUUUGAGGUCCAGUACGCAACCAUAGGCUCCAUCCACGCUUUCAGUUUCGGAAACUCGACCACCCUGACGAAGGUGUCACUCUCCAGGAACUCCAUCUCCACCUUGGCGCGCAACGCCUUCGCGCGCUUGCCGGCCCUGGACACCCUCUCCCUGGGGGAGAACCAGAUCACCGAGGUGAACAGGCACGUGUUCUUCGACCUCCCCAACCUGAAGAAGCUCUACAUCGACCGCAACAACAUCACCACGGUCUACGACAAGGCGUUCCAGGGACUCCAGAGCUUGGUGGAACUGGAACUCUUCGCCAAUCAGAUCCAGGUCAUCACCUCGGAGACGUUCAAGGGCCUGUCUAACCUGGAACGGCUGGACCUCCACAAGAAUCGCCUGGAAGUCAUUGGGGACAUGACCUUCCAGGAUCUGGUGUCCUUGAAGAUGCUGGAUUUGCAGGAGAACUCCCUCAAGUACAUCGCUCCCAACAGCUUAUAUGGGCUCGGCGAGUUGCAACACCUCAACCUUCAGGACAACAAACUUUUGUCAUUGGGAGCGGAGGUCUUCCAGCCCACCCCAAACAUCCAUCAUCUGGACAUCAGGGCCAAUGUCCUGGAAACCCUCACUGAACAAAGUGUUCAGCCGAUCAUGGACAACCUGAACAACAGCACCAUGAUUUUCUUCCUGGAAGGAAACAACUUCCGCUGCGACAACAGACUGAGCUGGAUGUUCACCCUGAGGAACACCACGAAGAGCAAGCCAGUGCGCAGGAACCUUGAAUCCCUCAUUUGCUACCUGGAGAUCGGAACGCUCCCUCCCAGGCUGGAAGGGGAGACAGUCACGCCAGUCUACGAAACGACCACUUUGGGUAUCGGCCCUAUGAUGAAGUUGUUCGCCCUGCACGAGUCGGAGCUUCCAGACCCUACGAUGCGAUGGCUGCAGACGGAGGACCCAGACUGCGAGGAGGAGAAGGCGAAGGAACAGCUGGAAGAGGAAACCCCCCUGGAAGAGACGUCGAUGCCGCAGAUGGAAGAGAAGACGACAGAGGCGACACUGGAGAGGAAGAGGGGCAGAGCCCGCGGACGCAAGAAGGUCGAAAGGAACAAGGCGCAGAAUGACCGCCCGAUGGAGCCCUUGGAAGUCACGGCGGAGCCCCAGCACGAGAAGGUCAUCGUGGUGGCACCUGCCCCCGUGCAGGAGGAGUCUCGAGCCUACGAUAACACGAGUGACUCUUACGCUCUGACCCCCACCAUGAGCGUCUUGGCUCUCACUCUGGCACUCGUCAUGGCUCAGCAUUGAGUCGCCUGCUGGGUGUAGUGCUUAGGUUACUAAGACUGGGGUCUUCUUUCGUUUCCUCACACAUUUUUUUUUCUCCUCUUUUUUUUAUCAGAGAAUGUGGUUAGCUUGUUUAUCAGCUUGGAAAGAAAGGGUGUUUAUUUGACUGGUAUAGAAAUCUCACUUUACCAUUUUUUUUUCUUUUUAAUAAUCCAGAGAACACUUUUUGUGUUGUAUUCAAUCUUUACUCUAUAGUGUUAGAGUACGGGAGGUAAAUUUGUAAAUAAAUAAAAUGGUAGAUUAUAGGAAUGUGCUUUUUCUACAGCUGAUUCCAUUUGAAUAUUUUCUAUUUUAAAAAAACGAGACUUUUCACGAGCUUCUAGUUUUGGGCUUUUCUUAUUUCAGUCUUGUUUUAGGCAAUGCAUUUCAGACUUUCAGACUUUGCAGUUUUACUGGUGUUGUUUUAGACACUAACUCAAGAAGGAGACAUUAAAGAAAAAAGAAGAAAAUAGUCAAUGUAACUUCGGCAAAUAUUACGUUGU